AUGCGGCCAGGCGUCAGAAGUACUGUAGAGCGCCUGGAUAGGCCCAGCGCCUACUAUCAGAACCGCAGCAAGCGGAGACGCGAUCGUGAUGAUGACAACGAUCAACCCCAAGAGCCCCAGGUCGAUCCUUUAGCCAAUGCUACAACCCUUUACGUGGGCAACCUGUCCUUCUACACAACUGAAGAACAGGUCUAUGAGCUUUUCGCAAAGUGUGGUGAAAUCAAGCGCCUCGUCAUGGGCCUCGACCGCUUCAACAAAACACCCUGCGGUUUCUGCUUCGUCGAAUACUACACACAUCAAGACGCCCUCGACUGUUUGAAGUACAUUGGCGGCACUAAGCUCGACGAGCGCAUUAUCCGUACCGAUCUGGAUCCUGGUUUUGAGGAGGGACGCCAAUUCGGCCGUGGCAAGUCUGGUGGACAAGUACGCGACGAGUACCGCGAAGACUUUGACGAGGGCCGAGGAGGAGUUGGCAGGGCGAUACAGGCUGAUGAGCGAGACGAGUACGCUGAGGGGAAGUAA